UGUUCUACAUAAACUUUGAUUUCAUUAAAGUGUUAAUAUAAUAAAAUCCGUCUGACAAAAGUUACAUUAGACAUAAAAAGUUAAGAGUGUGUACAACAAAAUGCGCGUCCUGUGUUUGUUAAUAACUUUUCUGACUGUUUAUGGACAGUCAGAGAAAGGGUUCGACCAAUCAUCUAUUUAUUAUACCGAGCCGACUUUCAUCAACGUCAGUAAUAAUUCCAAUGGUGGUCUCACGGAGUUGCACGGUAGUCAUAUUGUUCGGGGCCAACGAUUAUUGGAAAGAUCGAAGAGCCCUUAUCUGGUGCGGGAAGAUUUGUUCGUGGAACGCGAGAGCGAGCUCGUGAUAGAACCAGGAGUAGAGAUCCGGUUUGGUCCCAUGGUCGGAAUCACGGUUCGUGGUAUGAUAAUUGCAAAGGGGCAGCCACAAGCGCCAAUUAUAUUAACUGCGGCAGAAACGAAUAAUCAGAUUCAUCCUGUCGAAUCACCGCUUCUGAUACGUCUGGUCGAUGGACCAACUCCACUUGAAGGUAGAUUGGAACUUUUCCAUAGUAACGAUUGGAGAGCUGUUUGCACGAAUUCGCGAAAUUGGACUCGGGCCGAUCUGGAAACAGCAUGCAGGCAGCUCGGUUUCCAGGGUGGAAGAUGGUGGUCGUGGAUGGAUCGACAAUGGCCUGCAAAACCACGAUUGCUUUACGAGCAACCGGGUUGUAGAGGCACGGAAUCCUCUUUAACAAGCUGCGAGAAAUGGUCUGAAAGGCAACUUGGUGGUGGCGUCUGUGAUUAUCAUCCUGAUCUUGGAAUAUCGUGUUUACCCCGUCACGAUGGUGCCACAAAAGCAAUUAAACAUUGGCGAGGCAUUCGUUUCGAAGAUGCAUUGUAUAGUCGACCACUGAUUCAAGAAAAUACACUUUACAUACGAAGAUCAAAGUCAAUUUUACAAAACGUUAUAAUAGAACAUGCAGGAACAGGUCGGGAAUAUAAUGUUACCUCUGCGAUCGAUAUCGAGGGUGUUCCACCGCAAAUGGAAUCGAUUUCUGUUCUGCAUGCAGCCUUUACAGGUAUUAAUGUUACCACACCAGACGCUCCUAUUAUAAUCAACAAUAGUACCAUUCAAAACAAUAGGGGAUAUGGGAUUUACGUAAACAGUUCAUCUGGAAUGACACAUAUUAAUGAUUGUAAUGUAUUAGAUAACGGGGCUGAUGGAAUUAAAUAUGUUCAUUUUGAUGAACGACCUGAUGAUAAAUUGGAUCGUACAGAGGUGUUUGAUUUAUGCACGUUUCCAACUACGGCCAGUCAAACCUUUCCUGUUAUAAUAUCUAUGGAACAGAGUAAAUAUACACCUAAUACGAAACGAUGUCCACAACAUAUUUUUACGAGACAAGGGCAUGUGUUAACUAUUCAUUUUUUGCAAAUGAAGACUGACAUAAAUAACAGUGCAACGAUAGAAGUGUUUGAUGGAAUAGGCGAAACGGAAAAGAUGUUAGCUAGAGUAAAAGUCAAAAAUGACUCGUUACCACAAAGUGUUACGACGAGUCGACAGAAUUUGUAUGUAAAAUUUAUCGCUGAACCACGCACGAACACAAUCGUUUUUGUGCGACUGUCUUCGAGCUAUAAGAAAGCUUACGAUCUGAAUGUGACUGGAAGCGUCAUAGCGAGUAACAAUGGGAGAGGAAUUGCAGUAGAGAAACUACGGUCAGCUCUACACGUUCAUGAAACUUCCGUAUCCAGCAAUAAACACUUAGCUGGUGUGCAUGUAUUGGGUGGAGCUGCGGAUGUGAAUAUUACGAGUAGUCGUAUAUCUUUUAAUUCAGGGGACGGCGUGAACAUCACUCAUACGGGAGGAAAUCGUAAUGUGUCUCGGACAAGUAUUUCCUCUAAUCAGGGUUAUGGUUUUGCAGUAUGGUUGAAUGACAGCACAACUAUCGAAUAUGUUUAUUUUAAUCAGACUACUGUAGUUGAAUACUCACAAAUAUUUCGGAACAAAGAUAUUGGCAUCCUAAUUGGCAAUGCAACUGGCACUUCGUAUGUGAAUGUGACGGGUAAUUGGUUGAAUAAUAGCGCCGAGACUGCGGUGCAAGUGGAGUCUAGUUGGAAACAGGAUACAGGAUUGUUAAGACUCCAAAUUGGUCACAAUUCUUUCGUACAAAAUACAAAGUUGGCGAUCAAAUUGAGUCCUGCUCUUAAUUUAAAAGCAACAAUAGAAUACAAUCAUUUUAGAGAACAAUCUAAUGGCUGUAUAUUAAUCAGGAAUCCUCUCUAUGAAGAAUUUAAUAUUUUGCCUGUGGAUAUUAUUAUUAGACAUAACGAAUUUUAUAAUAAUCGUGGAACCUUUGUAGUCAGUAUUGGUCUUUCACCGUAUAGUGACGUUCAGACAUUAUUAUUCACCAGAAAUUUCUUACGUGAUAAUCGUGUUCGAGAAAUGUUUGAUCGUAGCACUGCUAUGAGAUCCAGAUUAAUUCCGCGUUCUAGAGUCGCGGCUAUAGUUGUUGUUUCAUCAAGCAAUGUUGAAGUUUUUCGUAAUAUUUUACAUAAUCCUGAAUCACGAUACGAAAUUGGCUCCCACUUGGAGGAUCAGAGUAAAAUUAUUAAUUGUACUUACAAUUGGCUUGGAUUUACUGAAGAAAAUAAUAUAUUUGAGAGAUUGUUUCAUAGGAAAGACAGAUACAAUCUAGCCAAAAUUCAGUAUUUGCCGUAUUUGUUGCACAGUAGCAAUCCAGGAGCCAACACGAUCAUUUCAAAUCCAACAUUUGUACCACCAUUCGUUACAACUGGUACAAAUUUAGUUGGCGGUGAAGUCGAUGGCCAGGAAUCAUUAAAUGCUGGAGAAUACAUGGUCGAGAGAGAUAUUAAUAUACGUCCGGGUGGAAAAUUGAUUCUCCAUCCUGGAGUUAGUUUACGUUUUCCACCAGCCGUAGGAAUGAUGGUCGCUGGAACAUUAGAUGCUCGUGGAAAAAGACCAAGUGAUAUUUUAUUUACUUUGAAAGAAGAACUUCUCAUGGAUUCAGGUAACGAAACUCUUAUGAAUGAAGGGCUCAGUGAAAUAAAUGAAAUGGACCUUAUGCCUGUAAGGCUCCUUGGAGGAAAAACUAAUCUUGAAGGAAGACUACAGGUAAAAGUAGGUGAAAAAUGGGGAACAGUUUGUAAUUACGGUUGGACAAUUCAGGAUGCAGCCCUUGUCUGUCAUCAAUUAGGUUUCACUUUAGACCCUGAUAAUUGGCUUAUGGAACGAUCGCAAAUUCCAAACGCUGGUAUCAAUGAAGAUAUUGUUUUAAGUAACGUUAGGUGCACUGAAUAUGAUAACGAUAUAUCGAAGUGUAAAGCAGAAACAGAGCAGAAUUUUGAGAAUUCUUGCACUCACGAGAACGACGUGGGCGUUAGAUGUUCAGAAGCUGCGUGGGCAGGUCUUCGACUAGGGCCGUUGGCUUUAAGAAGCGAUCUACAGUUUGUAACGAUAGAAAAAGCAGGUUUACUUGAUUACACCACAAAUUCUUUUAAACCAGCUCUUCAAAUUGAUUUUUCAAGACACUCACUGGACAGUGUUAGAAUAAUUGAUAAUUUACAAGAUGGUUUAGGAAUCUUAUACUCAGACAUAUACUCUGUAAAUGCUGUUAAUACAGUCAGAAAUAGUGAUUUCUCACAAAAUGGAGGCAGUGGAAUCAGUUUCAAACAAUUAGGAAUGAAAAUUAUUAAUUCUCGAAUUGAAAAUAAUAAAGUUGCAGGGAUAAGGCACAAUCCUGCUCUUUCUGCAGUUCAACAAAGAGAAUUUGCAGGAUGGUUUUUGCGUGUACCAGAUUUAAUUGAUUCCUCAUAUAAUCCAGUAGUUAUACCAGAUUAUAUGCAAGACGUUGAAUUAGCAAAUGAAGAAACUAAGUAUAUGAUAACGAUUAAAGUUACCGGUGAUCCUAUUCGAAAACGUAUUCUUAUUAAAUGUACACCGGGCUACGUUAUCGGUAUUCAACUUCUAAAUCCUAUUGAAAAUCGUAGUACAGAGCAGAUUAUCUUACAUGACUCGCAAUAUGUUUAUCCUAGUCAGGAAAUUUGGCACUUGAAACGUGAUUUAGCAAUAUUUCCUGUAACAUCAACUUCUUUUGCUGUAAUUUUAGAAUAUGACAGUGGCUCAAACGCACUUGGAGGCGCUGUUAUUGUUAUCACAGCUCUGCAAGCUCCAAUACAGGAUACACGAAGGAAAAUUUCAAAAGGCCCUAUUCCAACAUUGGAGGUAACUAAAACUAAAAUCAAGAAUAAUAAGAAAGGUAUACUUGCGUCUUUUUAUAAUCGGUAUCUGGACGAAAUUGGUGACCAUUUUCUUCGAAAAGCAAAUGAAACUAUACAACUGGUUGCUUGUGAAGUUUCUCAUAAUCAAGAAGAAGCUAUUUACAUACAUUCUCCUCAUUGGAACAUUUUUCAAACUAAUAUGUCUGAGAUUGCAAUUCAUAUUAAUGACAGUUUAAUUACGGACAAUGGUAAAGGAAUAUAUCAAUUCAGUCGUGAUGCAAGACAUUCGAAUAAUCUUUUUCAUUGGAUAAUGCAAGAUAGUACAAUUGAAAGAAAUAAAAGAGGAGGUUUUGAAGUACUUUUGCCUGAUGUAUGGCAAUAUAAUGAGAAUUUCACGCAUACUUUAUACUUUGGAAAUAAUACAUGGCGAAACAACGAGCAAUUUGGCUUCAUAAUUGAUGGACACUACACUACUUUGAAUAUUUCUCAUAAUCGAUUUGAGGGAAAUCAAUGUAAAACCGGUUUGAUUUCCAUUCGAGGAAUGGAAAAGAAAAUGCAAAUUAAUAAUAAUUAUAUAGAGAGUAAUACUGGGAUAUACAUGGUAGAAUUCAAGGCAGAUAGUCAGUCUGAAAUUUUGGGAAAUGUCGACGCUCGUUUCUAUAAUAAUGAGGUCAAGCGAAAUAGUUAUGAUCUAGCUGCUAUGGGACCCCGUCGUAUUGACGAUAGUCCUAGCUAUGUUGUUGGUUUUCAUGGUAUACAAAAAGUUCAGAUAAACAGAAAUUUAUUCGGUGAUAAUUCCUUGGAUUAUGAAUUAUUGGCUGGCAUUAGGACAGCUAAAAUCAAUAAUGAAGUCGAUGUUACAGAAAAUUGGUGGGGAACUACCAAUGAUACUGAAAUACGGCAAAGUAUUUUUGAUUUUGAUGACUGGAAUAAUCAUGCAGUUGCAAAUUACCGACCUUUCUUAACCAGUGAUACUUUUGAUUCUUCAGUAUCUGCAUCCUGGCAGAUUGGAAAAGAGAUAGAUCUAGAUAAUUUAGGUGGACGUAUAAUAGAAAAUCUAUCCAUCUAUGCUAGAGACAAACCCUACUUUGUAAGAUCGGACAUCACAAUUAUGCCUGAAGCCACAUUACAUAUUUAUCCGGAUGUUGUUAUGGAAUUUGCUCCCAAUGUUGGAAUUCUUGUUCUUGGCACACUGAAAGCUGUAGGUGCGCCCGAUCAUGAAAUUAUAAUGAAACCAAUGGAACGUAAAAAUGUUAACGAAUCUACAAAUGAGAAAUUAAGAAGAAGUGGAAAUAUUGUUUCUGUAUCGGAGGAAACUAUACGUCUUUGUAAAGAUGGACGAUGUUCCUCUUUAUAUAAUGAAGGAUUUUUGGAAUUCUUCAAUAAAACAACUUUACAGUGGAUCCCUUUAUGUGAUACUAGGUUUACUGAAAGAAAUGCACAAGUAGCCUGUCGACAAUUGGGUCACGAUUCACUUAAUGUCUACGUAUCCUAUGAUAGAAGAUACGAGCUUCAUCCUGGUUCUUUAAUACGCGUUUGGUCAUGGCCUGAACCACUGCAGUGCAGUGGAAAAGAGGAAAAAUUGGAAGACUGCCAAAUUAGACUAAAUGGCCAGUUAUACGGCCAUCGACAUGAAUGCCCAUGGGACAGUCAAUUCGUUUUUAUAAGUUGUGGAAAACGGAAUUUAGAUGAUGCUCAUGAUUAUUGGGGUGGAAUAAGAAUUGCAAAUAGUGAAUUUGAACAUCAUUUGUAUGAACAUCGUAUUCACGAUGUUGUGACUCACGAAACACUAAGACGUGUUGAAUCUAUAUUAAAAUAUAUCAAUAUAAUUGGUGCUGGUAUUUUGCACUUUGAAAAAUCAGCUGCUUUACAAACAAUUAUGAAAUCCCCAACGAUAACACAUGUUAACAUAACUCGCAGUGCUUAUCACGGUAUUAACGUGAUAUCACCAACUCAUACGGUCGAAUUACUAUUUAACACAAUCGAUAACAUACUUGGAAAUGGCGUGAACGUACUUUCAAUAACUGGAGAAGGUCGGGAGGCAGAUGAAAGUUCAUUUACUCCAAUUAAAGAUCUUAGUAUUCCUUAUCAUUUAUUCAGCAUGAUCGAUAUUUGUGAUACUACUAAAGAAAUUACAUUGGAAGAGCGAGUUAUAGUUUAUUAUAAAUAUGACAAUCAUCCCGUGAAUUGUGUUAAGAUUUUUCGCAGUGUUUAUAGAGCAAAACCUUUCGGAUUUAGGCUUUUGCAAUUUAAUUUAUUUAACUCUACUGGAAAAUUUGGUCGAACUGAUAGCAUUACUUUAUAUGAUGGAGACAUUUACAACAUCACUGCCAAAAGCAUAGGUCACUUAGAAGCUAAUAGUCUCGAUGAGAAAAAAUUAUUUAAAACUCAAGGACCAAGUCUUAGUGUAAGCCUAUUUGCUAAUGGUGCAAGCAAUGUACAUGGAUUUAUUGCAGAAGUAGUUACUCUACCAAUUUCUGCCAUUGGAUUCAAUCGUGAUGUGCAACAUAAUAUUUCUUAUUCUGUGAUAUCUAACUGCCGUGAAGGCGCAAUUAAAUAUGCUAGUGCUGGCGAAGUCAAUGCUAUAAUGACUCUUGAACGUAAUCAAUUCAUAAAUAAUUGCGAGAAACUUUAUGGUAAUUUUUCAACCUGCAAGUCCGCUGUAUGGUUAGAUAUUCAAAAUACUCAGUCUUUAUAUUUUAGAAAUAACGCUGUUCGAAAAAAUCAAGGUGGUCUUUCGAUUCGAGCUGAUUCCAGAGGUUCAGCAACGUCUUUGGAAGGAUGGAUCCACAAUAACGUUUUUGCAGAAAAUUUUAAUAAACCUGCUUUAUAUGUGGAAGGGCGACAAAGCAGUCCUUAUCAAGAAGUUACUAUAUUCAGAAAUUAUUUUACAAAAAACAAUGCUCCUUAUGACAAUAAUAUUGUUUUAAAACAAGUAGUCAGUAAUAUGACUCUAAAUUAUUUGCAUGGCAAUCUUGGUGCGCAUCUUUUGGAAAUCUCCGGAUUCGAAGGAGUUCGUUUACCUAUCUAUCAAAGCACAUCUCAUAAUGGCUUCUAUAAAAAUUAUGCAGUAGAUCGUAAUGGUCGCAGCACAGUAGUUGCUGGUACUCCUGGUCAACAAUAUGUGGAUAACGUUUUCUUCAAUCCAGAUAAUGAUUAUGAAAUGCUUACAACAAAUAGAUCACAGCAAAUAGAAAUGUGGAGAUCUCACAUAGAUGCACGACACAAUUGGUGGGGAUAUAACGAAACGUUAGCUGUUGCUGGUAGGAUUAGAGAUAGAGGAGAUUCUCCAGAAUUGCUACAAGUUGAUUAUCAACCUUUCCACAUGAGUAACAAGUCUGUCUUAAAUGGUAAAUGUCCACCAGCGUGGGAUCUGGUGGGCGACACAUGCUAUAUAUACAUUGGUGCUCCUAUGGAUUUUUAUAGUGCUCGAGAUUUUUGCAGAUCUGUAAACGCGUCUAUGCCAUUUAUCAUGGGCAACUAUUUGGAGCUUUGGCAAUUUUUACGGAAACAACAGAUACGAUACGAUUAUUCUGAUCGUGCUUGGGUGCAACAGUUAGAUCGCGUGGAUCAAUGCACAACUUUCACGUAUCAAACUAUUGAAGUUGACUACUGUGCUCAGCCAAGUCCCUUUAUUUGUGAAAUCGAUCCUAGAGUAGAUAUUGAUCCAUUAUCUUGGAGGAAGGAUAUAGUUGCAGUGGCUGUGUUAGUGUCAGCCGGUGUAGCUCUUGCAUUAUUAACAGCCGCUAUUGCACUUUGGGCGUCUAAAUCAAAAAGAAGAAAUCUCGAAAGAUUAGAAAGACGGAAUUCAAUCCGACAAUCUUUGCAUUCUUUACGAUCAGUUGGCUCCACCUCUGGAUUUACUGAACUUGCAUACCGACGCAAACCUAUUGCGACAAAACACUCUACAGAUACUUUAAAUUCAAAGUCCCUAGAUUACAGGAGAAUGUUAAAUGGUGGAAGUAUAGAUUCAAUGGACAAAUCUCAAUUAAAUUCGUCUAUGGAAGAUAAUCAAAGUUAUGAUGUCUACGAAGCACAUAAUCCAAGAUAUUCUCCGAGUACCAGCGACUUCAAGAGCACUGCCCAGAAAUAUGGUGCUCCGCAAAGUGGGGAUAAUCCAGUAUUUGAUUUAACUUAUCGUAAUGAAGGUUUUAGAAAUCAUUCUACGUUUACCUCGAGAAGCACCAACGAUUGGCCCAUAGAAUCCACUACAGAAACAACCACUGAUGAAACUCCAGCUGUUGAUGCCACUAAUGAGAGUUCUUAUCUUAAUAAUACCUCUACACUUCCACUGAAUUCCAGUCUUGCCUUAACUGAUUCAAUUAGCGAAUUAAAACGUGACAUUGAAGUAUCAGCAUCUUACAGUCCAAUGGAUUAUGACUCGAAACGUAAUUAUGAUAAUACGAUAUUGACACCAAGUCAGGUAUCAGAACCUGUUCCAGAGUAUGCUCCGAAUUUUAAUCCUCCAAUACCGCCUCACCCUUAUCAUUAUCACGAAGACAGACCUAGGAGUGAGGCAUUAUUAGAAACUAACUUGGAUACUGGAGAAGAGAAACCUUUACGUUCAAAAAGCGAGACUUUAUUAGAGACUAAUUUAGAUGUAUUUUUGGCAAAUGAGCCUACAGAAUUAACGCAACUUUCGUCUGGAGCACGAAGCAAAAGUCAACCUUUGGAAACCGCAAUGUAAAUUGUUAAAAAGGAGUAGAAUAACUUUUGUACAUGUAAAAAGUAAUUUCCAGAAGUGAUUAGUGGUGAACUAAUUUUUAUUAUGCAAUUUAUGAAGCAAUGACUUUUAGGUGGAAAAAAUUUCGAUAAUCGUUAUUCAGCCCACCGAAUUUAACACAUAAGCUGCUGAAACUCAAGAAGAACAAUGAAUUAUCGUUA